GCCCUCCCUCCAUUUGGAGGCUCGGGCCACUGGGGGCAGGAACCUCUGAAGGAACUUUACCUGUUGGAGCAUCACCUGUGGGGGGGUCACCUGUGGGAUCACCUGACAUGUCGGACGCCGUCAUCAGCUUCCUCAAGGACUUCCUGGCCGGGGGCAUCGCCGCUGCCAUCUCCAAGACGGCCGUGGCCCCCAUCGAGAGGGUCAAACUGCUGCUGCAGGUCCAGCAUGCCAGCAAGCAAAUCACCGCAGCAACCCAGUACAAGGGCAUCAUCGACUGCGUCGUGAGGAUCCCCAAAGAGCAGGGCUUCCUGUCCUUCUGGAGGGGCAACCUGGCCAACGUCAUCCGCUACUUCCCCACCCAGGCGCUCAACUUCGCCUUCAAGGACAAGUACAAGAAGCUCUUCCUGGGUGGCGUGGACAAGAGGACGCAGUUCUGGCGCUACUUCGCCGGGAACCUGGCGUCUGGCGGUGCGGCCGGGGCCACCUCGCUGUGCUUCGUGUACCCGCUGGACUUCGCCAGGACCAGGCUGGCGGCCGACAUCGGCAAAGGCCCCGCCGAGAGAGAGUUCACCGGCCUGGGCAACUGCAUCGCCAAGAUCUUCAGGUCGGACGGGAUCAGGGGCCUUUACUUGGGCUUCAACGUGUCUGUUCAGGGGAUCAUCAUUUAUAGAGCCGCCUACUUCGGCAUCUAUGACACCGCUAAAGGCAUGCUGCCGGACCCCAAAAACGUGCACAUUGUGGUCAGCUGGAUGAUCGCCCAGAGUGUAACCGCCGUGGCCGGACUCGUGUCCUACCCCUUCGACACCGUCCGCCGUAGGAUGAUGAUGCAGUCGGGGCGCAAAGGAGCUGACAUCAUGUACAAGGGCACAGUUGACUGCUGGAGGAAGAUCUUAAAUGACGAGGGUGGACGGGCCUUCUUCAAGGGCGCGUGGUCCAAUGUGAUCAGAGGCAUGGGCGGCGCCUUCGUGCUGGUGCUCUAUGACGAGAUCAAGAAGUUCACAUAAACAUUUGCGUCCAUCUGUCCGAGGAGACCCUCGCGCUGUGUAUGUCUUAACCGUGCAACAAAUGGCAACAGCGUGUCUGCGAGCGAAUUAAGGGCUAGGCUUGGGUGGACGGAGGCUGGACUAGGAGGGCGGCAUCCAGAGAGCAAGACGCACAUUACUGUUCCUCGGAGCUCCUUGACGGCUUCCCAGGACACUGCCCCUUUAAAAGAGUACACAGGCCCUCCUCCCAUGGUCGGCUCUCUACAUGCACAGCUCCUCUCUCUCUUUAGGAAGAUUCUUCCACCUAUUUGGAAAUUAAGGUGAAUUGCAGUAUCAAUAACUAAGCACGUUUUGAUGAAAUUUCAACAGAACAAUACAACUGUCCAAUAUAACAUUUACGAUCGCAGUGCCUGUACAGUGUAGGUUUUUUGUUGUGGUGUCGCCAACCUCGUAUAUUUAAUAAGUUAAAAUAAAAAAUACCUCAACUCUG